CGCGGACCGCUUUACGUAAGCUUUUCCAGCUCCGAGCGCGGUGCCAACAGAGCAACUGACGUCCUUCCACGUCGUUUUGAGGUGGCCCUGCUCCACCGGUACGUACCUCCAAGCUCGUUUCCGUAAGGCACUCACUCCGUACUCCGUACGCCAAAAUCUUUUUGUUGCGCCAGGGCCGAUCCGAGCGACCUCUCGCUUCCUCUCCUCCUCCUCCUCCGACCACUUCCAUCACCAAACCACCAACGCGCAUCUUCUUCCACCUUGUCCCCCAUCGCGAGGCUCUGCUCCAUCAGAACCCCGUUCUUCGUUUCAAUCUCCAUCGCGAGACACACACUUCUCUCUUCUCUACCCUCACAUUUCUUUCAGUCUCUUUCAGCCAAAAAGUCAGCAUCACCAACAUCAUGUCGCGCGGUGGCACCACCUUGUACGUGACUGGCUUCAGCCACGGCACUCGCGCCCGAGACCUCGCCUACGAAUUCGAACGCUAUGGACACCUUGUCCGAUGCGACAUCCCUGCUCCUCGCUCGGCAUCCAGCAGACUGUUUGCCUUUGUCGAGUACGAGGACCGUCGCGAUGCUGACGAUGCUUACCAUGAGAUGCACAACAAGCGCAUCGGUCGCGACGACAUCCUGAAGAUUGAGUGGGCUCGCACCCCUCCUUCCGCCUCAUGGCGCUUCGACUCUGGUCGUGACCGUGAGCGCGCUCCUCGCCGCUCCUCUCCCCGUCGUGGCCGCUCGCCUUCUCCUCGUCGCAGCACCCGUGACUACUCUCCCCGAAAGGACGACCGCCGGGACCGCGACCGCGACUAUGACCGUGGCGACAGACGCGACACCCGCGACCGUUCCCGCAGCCCUGACCGACGUGAUCGAGACGCCAAGGAAGACCGCGAAGACCGGGAACCCCGUGAGAACGGUACCAACGGUGACGAUAGAAAGGCACUGGACAGCCCUCCCCCUGCCCAUGACGACCUGGACGUUGCUGCGGAGUGAUAAGUAUACCUGGCAAUUUCUCUUGUCGGGUUGUGCGCGGCUGUGCCAAAAGUUUUUCUGAUUUCUCACCCGGUUCUCCUCUCUCUCACACCAUCUGAAUCCUGGAUCUGUAAAGUGUCCUCACCUUCUGGGAGAUAUUUAGUCUCGAUGCGACCGGUCCGGCUUCUUCGAGUUUAGCACACGACACCCCGGGCUGUCCGAAGUUGGCAGCAUCCGAGUCACCAGACAUACCUAUCCAGACUCGAUAUCGGCGGGACAUACGUUUCGGAAACGAACGCGAAACGGCGCGAAAUUAUUGGCGAGGCGGUCUUUUGAAAGCAUUACCCCCUAGUAGUUAGAAAUUGACAUGUAGGUUUUUCACAGCAGCCUCCAGAUGUGGUCUGAUGGCUUAAUUUGAAGCUCUUUGACAU